AGCCGCUCCGAACGGGGCCGGAGCCGGGGCAGAGCCGCCCCGCGGGGAGUUCAACCUCUCCGGGCUGGCCGAGGGCGAGGGGAAGCCCCUCUUUGGGAUCGGCAUCGAGAACUUCAUCACCUUGGUGGUCUUCGGCUUGAUCUUCGCCCUGGGGGUGCUGGGCAACUCGCUGGUGAUCACGGUGCUGGCGAGGAGCAAGCCGGGCAAGCGCCGCAGCACCACCAACAUCUUCAUCCUCAACCUCAGCAUCGCCGACCUGGCCUACCUGCUCUUCUGCAUCCCCUUCCAGUCCACAGUCUACGUGCUCCCCACCUGGGUGCUGGGCGCCUUCAUCUGCAAGUUCAUCCACUACUUCUUCACGGUCUCCAUGCUGGUGAGCAUCUUCACGCUCUCGGCCAUGUCCGUGGACCGCUACGUGGCCAUCGUGCACUCCCGACGCUCCUCAGCCUUGCGUGUUUCCCGCAACGCGCUGCUGGGUGUGGGUCUCAUAUGGGCGCUCUCCUUCGCCAUGGCCUCCCCCGUGGCCCACCACCAGCGCCUCUUCCACCGCGAGGCCAGCAACCAGACCUUUUGCUGGGAGCACUGGCCCAGCCCACGCCACAAGAAGGUCUACGUGGUCUGCACAUUCGUCUUCGGCUAUCUGCUACCACUGCUGCUCAUCUCCUUCUGCUAUGCCAAGGUUCUUAAUCAUCUGCAUAAGAAGUUGAGAAAUAUGUCAAAGAAGUCAGAAGCGUCCAAGAAAAAGACAGCGCAGACUGUGUUGGUGGUGGUAGUGGUUUUUGGCAUCUCCUGGCUGCCGCAUCACGUGAUCCAUCUCUGGGCUGAAUUUGGAGUUUUCCCGCUGACUCAAGCCUCCUUUCUCUUCCGAGUAACUGCACACUGCCUGGCUUACAGCAAUUCUUCUGUGAACCCGAUUAUAUACGCAUUUCUCUCUGAAAAUUUUAGGAAGGCCUACAAACAAGUCUUCAAAUGCCAGAUAGGUAACGAGUCACCUCUGGAUGAUGCUAAGGAAAAUAGAAGUCGGAUAGAUACACCACCAUCUACCAACUGUACACACGUGUGAACUUUGAAAAGUCCUGUAUGUUG